AUGUAUGAACGCUUGGAAACAAAGGAGGGGGAACAUGAUAUAUUCAAGAUUGCUAAAGUUAGGGAGCGUAGAAGAAAAGAUACAGAAGUAGUGAAGUUUAUAAAGGGAGAAGAUGGACGUGUUUUGGGAGAAGUGAGGGUGGCAGUUAGGAAGAUGGGAAGGGCUAAGGCAGUUGGUCCAGACAACAUACCGAUAGAGGCGUGGAAGUCUUUGGGAAAGGAAGGAGUUCAAUGGCUGACUGAUCUAGUAAUUGCAUCUUUUGCUUUGUCCAAUUUCUCAACCGGCGGAAAAUCAUCAGAGAAUUUCAACAAAUGGAGGCUGAAAUUGAGCAAAAGUCGUAACUCUAGAUCGAUUCAGGAGACAGUACCAUGGUGCAUGCUUUUCGCAGAUGAUAUUGUAUUAGUGGCGGAGACGAAACAGUGCUUGAAUGAGAGAUUAGAGGAGUGGCGAGCAGCUUUGGAAGGCAAGGGUUUGAGGAUUAGUAGCUCUAAGACUGAGUAUCUUUACUGUGAUUUUAGUGAAGCAGGUGACAUAGACGAUACUCAAAUUACCAUUGACGGUCAAAUGGUUCUGCAGACAACUAAGUUCAAAUAUCUAGGAUCGUUUGUACAAAGUGAUGGGGAGAUAUAUAGUGAUGUAAUUCAUCGCAUCCAAGUUGGAUGGUGUAGGUGGAGAGUAGCUACUGGGGUAUUGUGCGACAAGAGGUUUCCAACUAAAUUAAAGGGGAAAUUCUAUAGGGUUGUAGUUAGACAUGCUAUGUUAUAUGGAACAGACUGGGCCAUCAAGAAGAGACAGACGCGUAAGAUGGAAGUGGCUGAGAUAUGUUAA